AUGCACGGAAAUCAACACCGGCGUACGAUAUGGGCCGAUCCCAUUAGCGAAUCCACAAUGGAUCCCUCAAAACCGUUCGUUCGAAUGAGGAAACGGGCGAAUGCUGCACAAGAGCCUUUCCGCCAUGUAUACGAUCAAAGCCCUUGGGAACACUAUGAAGCGGGGGCAGAAGCAUUCUGUGGCCGAGACGUCACUCUGGCCCGACACCGCGGACAUAAAAUGGGGGUGGUCCAUGUCCAGUGCCUGAAGAUGGAUCGAUCAUCUGUUGAGUCGCGGAUCAAGACCAUCGAUCAAUACAAACACCCAAGCUUUCCUCGCCUCUUGGACGUCUACAACGCUGGUGAACACCACUUUCUGGUGUGGGAGCCCGUGGAAUUCUCGGUGCAGCACCUCCUGAAUAUCGAUCUGCGCCUCUCCGAUGCUGACAUCGCCCUGAUCAUCCGGCCGGUACUGGAAGGUAUUCAAUUUCUUCAGGAUCAAUGA